AUCGCCCCGGAAGGCUGGAGAUGUUUUCAAUAGUCCAGAACCAGAAGAUUUCUCAUGAGGCUCUUUUGAAUCACUUCAAGCAAAAUAAGGUGGAGAUAGCAAACGCAAUAACAAAGCCAUUUCCUUUCCUUGAAAGCCUCAGAGACCGCUCCUUUAUCACGGAAAAAAUCUAUAAAGAUUCUCAAGAAGCCCAUAGAAACUUGGUUCCGGUAGAGAAAGUGGUAUAUAAUAUUCUCUGCUACCUUGAGAAGACUUUUGAUAGGUCACUCCUACAAGUCCUGUUCAGCAGGGUUCAUCUGAAGGAGUAUCCCGAUUUAAUUCCUGUUCAUAGACUCUUCGAAAAUGUAAUUGAAGACAAGUAUUUUCCCCAGAAAAGUGAUAGCAAAGAGACACAAAAGACACCCAACACUGGGCCAAGCUGUGAACAAGUGCCCGAUGAAUCCAAAGUUUUAAGAAUGAAGGAGAGGAAGUCAGAGAAGGUGUGUGGCCUGCUGGACAAUGGACAAGGGGCAGAGCUCUCCAGGUACGAACUUCUAGUACAGUUUUGUGCCAGGCAGCUGGUGGAUAUACAGAAGACAAUUGCAUCUUGUCGCCUCGAAAUUAACCAAGAAGGCCAGUUGGCAGGAACAGCUUAUGUCCAAGUACCUGAAAUAAUCAUAAUCAGCAGUGAAUCCAGUGAGGAGGAAGAGCCCCCAGCAGCUCUGAGCUCAGCACAAGGACGAGGGCUGGAGGAGGAGGGUGAGGAUGGCCAGCUUUCGGCCGCAGACCAUCAGGUGUCUGAAUUCAGAGCCCCUGCUUCCUGACGCGUUGUACUUUGAGUGUGCUCUACAGCCAGUGGUCCUGUCAACACUGCCGACAUAUUCUCUGUAUUUACCUCAUGCGCCAUUUUGGGAAAUGUGGGAGACAAGGGCCUAGUCACUAAAUAUGUGUGUUGAUAUAUAAAGGUUAGAGUAGAAACAAACUACCAUAUUUCUGUUUGUUUGUUUUUUCCUUUCACAUGAUCAUGCCUCUUGUGGCAUAAAAAAAAAAAAAGGUAUUUGUCUUUGUCCCCAGUUCCUGGCACAGAGCUCCCCAAACCCUUGGAAUUUUCCCAGUGGUAAGAGUGUCCCUAUGACAAUUAGAGGGUUAGAACUCGACCUCUGUGGAGAAAAAAACAGGUGGGAGAUGAAGUUCAAUCACCAAUGCCCCGUGAUUUAACCAAUUACGCUUACACAAUGAAACCUUGGCAAAAACCUCUGAACAAUGGGGUUGGCAGCCCCUGACUUGGUAAAUACAUUGAUGUGCUGGGAGGGUUGCAUGCUGGAGAAGGUGUGGAAACCCUGGCACACCCCACCCCCAUACCUCGCCUUAUCCAUCUCUUCCAUUUGGCUGUUCUUGAGUUGUAUUCUUUAUAAUAAAACUGUAAUCAUAAGU